AUUCACAGGGAUCAUAAUGUCUGGAAAAAAUGUCUUCUUUGUAUGUUAAGAUGGACCUUUCCUAAAUGCAUUUAUUUAGAGAUGAUCAUUCACUUAAUCUAUAAAAGGAGAUUUGGCAGUCUGUACCUGCUUUGCCAUAAAGAUGAAGAUCACUGUUCUUCUACAUCUGACUCUAUUGCUGGUGAGGACUUCAAGCAUUGAAGAUUCAUCUGUGGAGAAAUUAACAGAUACUUCUGGUGGCAGCAGUCAGCAUUUAAACUCUGUUCAGCAUGGAGAAUGUAGCUACACCUUCAUACUGCCAGAACCUGAGGAGAGCAGGACUGGUAGCUGGCCAGAAGAACAUGAUGGUAAAUAUGAAGGUAACAGUGUCCAGAAAGAAUCUCCACAGGGGAAGCAAAGCCACUUAAACCAGCGGAUCCAACACCUGGAGCUUGCCAUGGAAAAUUACACCCACUGGAUUCAAAAGAUUGAGGUCUUUGUAAAGGACUUUCCGACAAAAGACACAACACACCUGCGGAAUAGUGCUCUACAUAAUGGAAUGACAGCCAUGCUGGAUCUUGGCACCAAACUGUUUUCCCAGUCAACCCAACACAUCAGGAGACUAACAGACAUAGAGACACAGGUUUUCAAUCAGACUUCUAGACUUGAGAUUAAGUCACUGGAAAACUCCCUGUCCUCCAACAAACUUGAGAACAAACUCCUCUGGCAAACCAGUGAGAUCAACCAACUUUGGGACAAAACAAGUACACUAGAGCAGCAUAUGCAUAACAUGGAGGCACGUCACCAUGCAGAACUGGGUUGGAUGAAGGGUGAGCGCACAGAGCUUCAGAGACUCCUGGCAUCCCAGAGAUCUUCAAUACAGACCCUGGAGCUUAAUCUAGAGGAGGUCAUCACAAACAACAGCGCCCUCUACCGAGAGCAACUACAAAUGCAUAGUAUCAUCAAUGAUCUGUUUAAACUGUGCUCCAAGAACAAAGUGAGUCCAAAUGUUUUCAAGCAAAUGGAUGAUCAGAUAAAAUACAGAGACUGUGCCGAACUCUUCAGGGCUGGAUUUAACAGGAGUGGAAUUUACACCAUCUACAUUAGCACGCAAGACAUGCAUAAGGUUUAUUGCAACAUGGAAAGUGCUGGUGGGGGCUGGACCAUCAUACAGUCAAGGACAGAUGGAACGCUGGACUUCCACAGAACCUGGAAAGAGUAUAAGAUGGGCUUUGGGAGUCUGACUGGAGAACAUUGGUUGGGAAAUGAGCUGGUGUACCAGUUAACCAAUCAGAGGCAGUAUACUCUUAGACUGGAGUUGACAGACUGGGAUGGAAAACUGGCCUUCUCCCAGUAUGACAAGUUUUACCUUGGUAGUGAGAAGCAAAACUACAGGUUAUUCCUGAAGAGCUUCAGUGGUACAGCUGGCAGGCAGAGCAGUUUGGUGAUAAACGGGGCCGACUUUAGCACAAAAGACAUGGAUAACGACAACUGUAUCUGCAAGUGUGCACUCAUGCUCACAGGCGGCUGGUGGUUUGAUGCCUGUGGCCCAUCAAACCUCAACGGCAUGUACUACACCUCUGAGCAAAAUUCUGGCAAACUUGAUGGCAUCAAAUGGCACUACUUCAAAGGCCCCAACUACUCGUUACGUGCCACCACCAUGAUGAUCCGCCCAUUAAACUUUUGAGGAAUCAAUCAUGUGUCAUCAUUAAAUCUCAAAUUUCUUCAGGUAUUUUCCCACAAUGAAUGAGCUUAUAUGCUGUGUAACAGGCUAAAUAUUUUCACCACGUUUGUGUGGAAAAUGAAAGGUCAAACUGACAUUUCUUAUUUGUUUCUUACUUUUCGUCAUUUUGUACAUUGUGUUCUUUAUGUGUCUAUUGUUCACUGGAACUCUCCCCUGAGGACAUGACAUACCAGUGUCAACAACUUUCAGUAUUAACUGGUUUCUAAAAUACAUUUUUAUUUGGCCACAAUCAGAAAAGAAACAAACACAAGCAUUAUUUAAGGAAAAACAAUAUACGGAAUAUGCUUGAUGCAUUUUUUUUUUUUUUUUUUUAAUCAAUGCAUGACUUUGUAGUAAAUAUGUUUUCUGGAAUCAUUUCUGAGCUUGAAUUGCAUAGCCUUAAUGGCAGUUGUGUCAUAUAUAACAUUUUACAUAAUCUUUUUACAUGUCUAAAAGAGUAAAUUUUACAUUUUGUGUAUGGAUAUGUGGACAAAAUAUGAUUUAUGAGCAGUAGCCUGUGUGCUACGUUGCUAGAAGCAGAAUAUUAUAGGCUGAUUUGUGUGCAGUAAAAGUUGCUGUUAACUGUUGGGAAAGAUCUGAUGUAUCAUUUGUAUCUUUCAAAUUGAAUAAACAGUUGACAAAACAGGCCAUGUUGUUUUUAUUUCAUUCUCUGAUUUGACUAGAACAAGAGUUCAGGUGAAACUGAGAAUACUGUCAUCAUUUACUUUCC